AUGGGAAACAACCAUUCAAAACAGAGGGUUAAUUCCCAAGAUUGACACCUGUUUUGGGACAGUUUUUAUGCAUAACACAAAUGAUAAACCCUAAACCCUAGAAUCCAUAAUUCCUCCACACAUUCCUAUUCUUCAAUUGUACCAAAAACCCUAAACCCAAGUAUGCACUUCAAGAACCACCUUAUACAUUCACUCAGAACAACAAACCAUAAACCCAAUGAAUUUGGGGGUGUUUCCAUGCAAUUCAAAGCAUCAAUUUCAAGCCUCAAAGUAGCAUGGCGUAAAGACCCAAAAUUAGACCAAGCAAUUGAAAACGACAAAAAAUGGAAACUUUGUGCUAGAGUUGUUAAAGAAGUGUUAAACGAACCGGGUCAGGUAAUCCCACUUCACUAUUUAGAAAAACGCCGUCAAAGAUUGAGAUUAACUGUAAAAAUCAAGACUUUUCUUGAUUUUAACCCGGGUUUAUUCGAUGUUUAUUUGGGUCGGGUCAGACCCAAAGCUGACCCGGUUAUGUUUGUUCGGCCUAGUGAAAGAUUAAGGCAAUUCUUGGAUGAGGAGAGUAGGAUUUAUGUUGAAAAUGAAUCUUUACUGGUGGCUAAAUUAUGUAAACUCUUAAUGAUGUCUAAGGAUAAAGUUGUAAGUGCAGAUAAAUUGUUACAGGUGAAGAGGGAAUUUGGGUUCCCAAAUGAUGUUUUGGUAAAUUUGGUGCCAAAAUAUUCGGAGUAUUUUAAGUUAAUUGGUGAACCUGGGGAGGGAAAAUCGUUUUUGCUAUUGGUUACGUGGAACCCCGAGUUUGCGAAGUCUGUUAUUGAGCUAAGAGCUGAGGAAGAAUCGACGUUAACGGGGAUUAGAACUAGGCCAGCGUUUAAUUGGAAACUUCCACCGGGUUUUUUUAUUAGGAAGGAAGUGAGAGAGUGGAUUCGAGAUUGGAUGGAGCUUCCUUAUAUAUCGCCAUACGAUGAUGUAUCGCAUUUGGAUCAAUCUUCGCGAGAGAUGGAGAAGAGGAAUGUUGGGGUUUUUCAUGAGUUGUUAUCGCUUUCUAUUUAUAAGCGGGUUGCCAUCCCCAUUUUAGGGAAGUUCAGUGAUGAAUAUAGGUUUUCAAAUGCGUUCUCGAAUGUAUUUACUAGGCAUUCGGGGUUGUUUUAUGUGUCGUUGAAGGGUGGGAUUAAAACUGCAAUGCUUAGAGAAGCAUACAAGGAUGGUGAGUUGAUAGAUCGAGACCCACUUCUUGAGAUUAAAGACAAAUUUAUUGAGUUACUUGAUGAGGGCCAUAGACAGAGAGCUGAGCAAUUGAAGUUGCAGAGAGAUCUGGUUCAGCAGGACAUGAAAAUGAUGGCAGUUAGCAAUGCUGGACUAGACGAUCACAAAUGUGAAGAGGAGCUACUGGGAGAGAAGGAAGAUGCCGAGCAAUAAUAUCUUGGGUUCAGUGCCAGAUUUUUCAUUUUGAAGAUGCUACAUUUCAGAGAGGAUUUUUCUUUUGAUAGAACAAGCCAAAAGAUGCCUUGCAUAGAAUAGUUGCAUGUAUCAAGUCACUCUUUUUUCUGCAAACUUAUGCUUGCCUCGGAGCAAGGGUUCAUCACUGGGUUUCACCCACGCUAUAAUGGUGAUUGCCGAGUAGCAUAGCAGAAAGUUCUGGGAAAUGUGGCAUUGCUCAUUGUCAGUUGAAAUUAGUAAAACACAUUGCAAAGCAACUGCAUCUUUUCAACUUUUUGGGACAAGAAGUUAUUACUGAUAAAUCCAGCUUCAUAAAUUUGUAUGGACAUUCUUCUUCAUCAAAAAAUUUGUAUGGACAUUCUUAGUUUAAAAACCAAUUGUUCAUAUGAGAAUAUAAACUCAACCUGACAAUGUCCUCCCCUGUUUUUCCUUGAAAGGAGUCCGACCUGUCAAUCUAUUCAACUUGCUUUGAGACCAACCGUGACUGGACUCUUAAAUGAUAAACCUUCUUUGGCAUGCAUCUCUCUCUUUCCCCACACUCCCAUACUCUGGACUGAGGGUUCUUCCCUUGGGAUGCCAAAUUCGCUGCAGUCAUUUUGGUGUAUUUGGGUCACCAACAGGAAGAAUUCCAGUGGAAAGGAGGCAAGAUCUGAUGUGUAGCCAGAGAUUUGAUUUGGUCUUAAUGCAACAAGUUAGAAGUUCCAACACUAUAUGGAAAAAACUGAUUGAAUGCAAUUUCCUCUUGAAGGCAUCUUCAAUUCAAUGUAGAUGGCUGCACUGGAAGGAAGAAUUGAGCAUCAAGGAUGAAGAAUUCACCAGAAAUUCGAGUGUGCAAAAUGGAUUAUGGUAUUCUGUUGCUGACCUGCAACUUUAAUAUGCCUUGUAGACGAGGCAUGAUCCUUGUAUACAUUGGCACAACGCCAGAAUCCAGAAGCACCCUUCACACAAAAAGGAUGAGGCUUUCUCAACCAUGGACCUAAUAUGCUCUACUACAGGUAAAUACUUGCUAGCUUGUUGGUGAGGACAUAACACAAAGACCUUGAAAGUACUGUUUUCUUCAAGUGUCAGUAGCAGAACG